AUUCCUGACAAUGAAAACGCGUUUCAAAAAACAAAAAAUAGUGGCAUUCCUCAAUUUGUCAAUUCUUCAAAAUGCUAUUGCGUCGUUCGCUUUUUGUGCUCGACAUCAUUGCUCUUCUGGCAAUUGUCGUUUUUCUUGUCUUUUUGCCGGCUGAUAGAUGUCUGAAUUUUGAAGCAAGUGAACAAACUCCACGCAACGUCGACAAAAAGUGUCAUCUUCAUCCAGUGCAUCAUCCGAACUUCAGUUUCACCGAAAACUUGAAAACUAACGAUCAUUUGAUUGAUCCAAGUCAUCAAGUCACCAUUUGUCACCGUUUGAAAUGGUCUCACUAUUCAUUCUGGGAUAGCAUGUAUUUGAUCCUCUUGCCGGCUCUCACUUGUGUUUUUCUGAUUUUCUACACAGUUCUUGAGAUUUGUGAAUUUGACGUGUUUGUUGGACAGGUACAAACUACUGGCUUGGUUAUUGUAUCAGCAAUAUCGGUAAUUUACUCUAUCGCAGUAAUCACUCACGAAAAGAAUCGAAUUGAGACGGAAUGGCCAUUGCUCGCUCAUGCUUAUGUCCUUGGAGCAAAAGAAGGAGAAACAACCGUUAAUGUACCAAAAACGUGGCAAUAUAGUAUUGCUAUGUGCAUUCUGUCAGCCCUUUUCAAGAUCGGAAGGGUUUUGGUUCAACAUUUCAUUGGUGAUAAGAAGUUCUUCUUUGAUGACGAUAGCCAAAGGGACGAUCAAAAUGGUGAACCUGUGCUGUUGGCUGGAAGUGAAGAAGUUGCUGGAACAACUACCAUUCUGAAUGAUUCCAGAUAUUCCAGAAUUGAAACUGAUUAAUUUGCGUCUAACUUCUUAAAAGUUAAAUUCGAAUAAAUGUGUAUUUUUUC